AUGAUGGACAUUCAAGAACUCCGGGUUGCGCUUCCUUCGCACAAAGACCUCGUGCGACUUGCGACUCAAUUUUCUCCAAUUCUACACCCGGGCUUCGAAGAAAUGCUAGUAUUCGUCAUCGAAGAAUUGUUUGAAGAUCGUUUCAGCGCAGAAGUUCAAGAAAAAUCGGCUGCUUUGGUAGAUUACAUCUGGGAGCGGUUGAACAUGGGCCACUGGGCUGAUAUUCCUUCAGAUUUGCGACGAUGUUAUUCCCUAUCGUCGUUAGGCAAAAUUGUUACUUCUGCUCGAAAUAAGGACUGGAAAAGUGCUCUUCGUGCUUGUGACAUGGCAUUAAUGAUGGGAGCUCCUUUCAAUGAGGAAAACCUUCUCGGAAAUCUGGCUGAUAAGAUCUGUGCUUCUCUAACUGAGAAUAUAAGCUUUGAAGCGUUUGUGAAGGACUCGCGGACGCCGUUUCCGGAAGUCGAAAGCUUCCGGAAAGAUUUCAUGCUGCUUGAGGAACUUCAGCGUCUUGAAUGCCCGUCAAUAGAAACCUUCGUCAGAGAUUUCGUGGUACCCGGAAAACCAGUUGUGAUUGAAAAGGCAGUGGAACAUUGGACUGCACGGGAAUGGUCUUUGCAGAGGCUGUUGAAGCUUGCAGGAAAGCGCUUGAUCCCUGUCGAAUUGGGUUCCAAGUACACUGACGAAGAUUGGUCCCAGGGUUUGAUGUUGUUUGAGGACUUCGUGAGCAAAUACGUGGUGCCUGAGAACCCGGAACAAGUUGCGUAUUUGGCCCAGUUCGACCUGUUCGCGCAUGUGCCGUGUCUGAGAGACGAUUUUAUGGUGCCUGAUUACUGUCUUCAAGAACCGGAGAAGGUUGACAUAAACGCGUGGUUCGGCCCUAAAAACACGGUGUCGCCUCUUCACACGGACCCCCGUGGAAACUGUUUUGUCCAAGUUUUGGGAUCCAAAUACGUCCGAUUGUACUGUAAAGAAGAAACACCUCGACUCUAUGCCCACGACGAAGGUCUUCUGAGCAACACGAGCAGGGUUACAGACGCCGAGAACCCGGAUCUUGUUGAAUUUCCAGACUUCAAACUGGCUGCGGGCUACGAUUGCGUCUUGGGGCCCGGGGAUUUGUUGUACAUCCCGCCUGGGUGUUGGCACUACGUCAAGAGUUUGUCCACUUAUUUGCUGCCGUCUGAUGAUGCGAUCAUCACGAGCUUCUUUGGGAUAUUGGACGUGAUCCUUCCUCCGGCCGACGCCUGCAAUUCCGGAAAGAAGACAUUGUUCGUCUGA